CGGUGAUCAAGCCAAUAGGAAACACACAGAGAGGGUGAGCAAAGGGCUGCUCUUAUCUUACUAUUUAUCCAGCGGAGAUCACACUCCUAUCUACUACUAUUUGAUGGCUGAGUGACAUCAGAGAGACGGAGUGUAAAAGAAAGAAAGAGAGAGAGAGAGGCAGAGAAUGAGAAGACGUUAAGGCAGUCAACUGAGCUGAUUUUAACUCGACACUUCAGAAACUUGUGGUCCUGUUUGCCCCAGUGGUGGUGACUCUGCAGGAGCACAGCUGACCACUUUAUCCACCUCCCCUCACUCUCCCUCUAACCGUGCUGCCUUUUCUUCCUCCUGAAGACCAUGGAGGAGGUCCCCAAGGUCACAGAAACUACACCGUCCCUGCCACCUCUCCUGGAGCGGCAGGUGCGCCAACGACAGCCCAAGGUUUCAGUCCUCAAAUCCAAGCUGAAGCAGGGCAUGACCUGCUCUGUACCCAGAGUCCGAUCCACCCUGACCGGGUUCUUCCCUGUGGUGCGCUGGCUGCCUAAAUACAAGCUCAGAGAAUACGUCUGGGGUGAUGUGAUGUCUGGGUUGAUUGUGGGUAUCAUCUUGGUACCGCAGGCCAUUGCUUAUUGCCUGCUGGCAGGAGUGGAGCCAAUCUAUGGCUUAUACACCUCAUUUUAUGCCAACAUCAUUUACUUCCUCAUGGGGACAUCCAGACAUGUGUCUGUAGGGAUUUUCAGUCUCAUGAGCCUCAUGGUUGGACAGGUGGUGGAUAGGGAGGUGUUCCUAGCUGGUUUUGACCUCAAUGAGGAUUCCAAACCAUCUGAUCCUGAUGUGUUCAAUGGUUCAAUGGGCACUAACCUUACAGCUGGUGAACUGCACAGCGUAGAGCUAAUGGGCCUGCAGUGUGGGAAGGAGUGUUACGCCAUCAGUAUUGCUGCUGCUCUUACAUUCCUGACGGGUGUCUACCAGGUCAUGAUGGCUGUGUUUCGACUAGGCUUUGUCUCUGUCUACCUUUCAGCCCCCAUGCUUGACGGUUUUGCCACGGGAGCCUCAUUCACCAUUCUGACUGUGCAGGCUAAAUACCUGUUAGGUCUAAAGAUUCCACGCCACCAGGGCUACGGCACAGUCAUCGUCACUUGGAUCAGCAUCUUUGCCAAUAUUCACAAGACCAACCUAUGUGACCUCAUCACUAGUGCCAUCUGUAUCUCCAUAUUAGUGGCGGGAAAAGAAAUCCAGGAACGCUACAAGGAUCGUCUAAAGAUCCCUCUGCCGACUGAGCUGGUAGUUGUGGCAGGAGCUACAUUGGCCAGCCAUUUUGGAGAGCUGAACAGCGUUUAUGGCUCCAGCGUUUCUGGUCACAUCCCCACAGGGUUCAUUCCUCCCCAGGUGCCCAGCUUUGGUCUGAUGUCAAGAGUGGCACUGGAUGCCAUUCCUCUGGCUGUCAUUAGUUUUGCCUUCACGGUGUCACUGUCCGAGAUGUUUGCCAAAAAAAAUGGCUACACAGUUCGCCCCAACCAGGAAAUGCUGGCCAUCGGCUGCUGUAACAUCAUCCCCUCCUUCUUCCACUGUUUUACCACCAGUGCUGCACUAGCAAAAACCAUGGUGAAGGACUCAACAGGCUGCCAGACACAGGUAUCAAGUCUGAUCAGCGCCCUGGUCGUCCUUCUCGUCCUCCUCUUCUUCGCACCUUUCUUCUACUCUCUCCAGAAAUGUGUUCUUGCCUGCAUCAUCAUCGUCAGCUUGCGGGGGGCACUGAGGAAGUUCAAGGACGUCCCUGCCAAGUGGCGCGCCAGCCGGAAUGACGCCAUUGUUUGGCUGGUCGCCAUGUCAGCCACUGCUCUGAUCAGUGUGGAGCUGGGCCUCCUGGUCGGAAUCGUCUUUUCUAUGAUCUGCAUAAUCUAUAAGACCCAGAACCCUAAGGUCUCUUUGCUUGGCCGGGCCAACAACUGUGAUCUUUAUGAGGAUGUGGACGAGUACAAGAAUCUCAUGCCACCACCUCGGGUUCAAGUCUUCCGCUUCCAAGCUCCUCUGUACUUCGCCAACAAGGACUCCUUCCUCAAAUCCCUCUACAAAGCUGUUGGAGUCGAACCUUUCUUGGAGCUGACUAAGAGGAGAAAGGCAGAGAAGAAGGCCAAAGAGAUUUCCUCUAAGCAGGGCAAGGCAAAUGGGGAAACAAACAAUGGAGAGGUCGUUAUUGGACUUGUACUGGAGUUCCACACAAUAGUUUUAGACUGCUCUGCCAUCCCUUUCAUAGACUCGGCAGGCAUGGCCACGUUCAAUAGGCUGGUUAAGGAGUAUAAAGAGAUAGGAGUGAGUGUACUCCUCGCCAGCUGUAACACCUCAGUCAUUGAUACCCUGCAGAAGGGACAAUUCUUUGGGAAGAAUGACAAAGACAUGAGCAGCCUGCUGUUUCAUACAGUUCACACUGCAGUUCUUUAUGCAAAGAAUACACAUGCAGCAGCAGAGAGCAGGUCAGAAGACUCUGGAGUGUAGACCAGUUGAAAGAAAAAGGGUUGGUGUUGUGUGCUCCAUUCCUAUACUAUGGAGAAAUCUUUUUUUUUUUUUUUUAAAGCUUUGUGCCCUUAAAUGCCCAGAGCAAAUAAAACCUGAUCUGCCCAACAAGCCUUCUUUAAAGCAAUUUACCUAAAUUUAAAUCAAAAUUUCACUGAAAAGGAUAAUCACAUAAAACAUCUGUGUAGUGGAAAGGCGCAAAUAUACAACAGGCAGGAUCCAUUACACAAGGUACCUUCUCUCAGAUCAUUCCUGUUGUGGGUAUAUAGGUUGCAGACACUUCUUGCUCCUCCAUACAUUGCCUAACUCCACCAGCAUCAUGAUUAAUAUCUGAUUCCAACACUGGUAUACAUUGGUAUUUUAAUAUCAGCUCUAUCAUUAGCAAGAAAACAAUAUGGCAGACAGGCUACCUGAGGUUGGCGAUGCCCCUCUAAUCUUCCUCAUAGGCAGGCCUAUCAAAAUGAGGAAGUAAAGCAUGAGGUUUACGCUACACCUCAACAAUCUGCAAUCUGCAUCUUCCACAGGAUUUUUGUAGUUGGAUGCAGAGAGAAAUUUUAUGUCAUUCAUAGACUUGUCUUCCCCACACUACAGCAACAGGGUCUAAGUAAGGCAAGGUAGAGUUAACAAACAUAUUCAUUGAUCAACAUACUGCCACAGCUGACAAAUGACUUCAACUUUUUACAAAUUUCCAUUUUAGAAAAGUGGAAAAAUUUGAACAUUUUUCUAUAUGACAAAAAGUUGUAAAAGCAAAUAAGCCAACUUUACAGCCCGUGUAUACCCAUUUGCUUCAUAUUUCUUGGUCGACUCAGUUUUCCAGGUUUGUUACACUUUUUGUUGUUACGGUUAUUCUGUUUCAACACAAAUCUAGACGUGAUGAUAUGAUGAUGUUUUAAGCUGUUGGCAUCAUAAAUCCAUAUUUCCAGAUUUCACCUGUAAUGGACAGUUGGACAACACCUUGGCCAAGCACAAGUAGAGGUCAGGAAAGAAAGGGAAAUGAGUUGUUGAAAGACAAAUGGAACGCAGCCAUGGUUUUUGUACAUCAGAGUGUCUGUGAUAAGUCAUUGACCCUGAUCCAUAGCAUCAGCGAUACCAUUAAAUGUGGUGUGAUAACUGUAAAUACAGUGAGCAAAGUAAUAUAAUCUGUACCUUCUUGUUCAUUUAGUGCUUUAUUUCACAGUUGUUUUGGAUGAAUGUUAGUGUUCACAAAUGUGUCUAUUAGUUGCUGCUUAAUAUCUGGGGUUUUCAUUCUGGCUUGUAUCACUAUGUCACAGAAGCUGAUUCAACUUAUAUCAUAUCAAGCCCUUGGCAAAGUCCAUAAUGGCCCUUAUACAGGAGUCCAGAGUCCAAAUUUUCAGUGGUAUUUCCUGAAGUGCUACUCAACUAUUACCUUGGACCUAUUUUAUAUCAUAAUCAUCAAAUUAAAUAAACUCUUCCUGAUUGAAAGGAGGCACAUGUAGUAAGGCUGAGUCUGUACCACGGGGACCUGGAUUUGAAUCCAGCCCGGGCCCUUUCCUCCAUAUCAUCCCCUAUCUCUCCCCAGGCUUUCCUGUCUCUCUCCACUGUCAAUGUCAAAAUGCCAGAGAAAAUAACUUUAAAAGAAGAAGAAGCGUGUGUGUCAGGAAGAAAAGCUUUAUGUGACUCGUGAGGACUGCAUGCUUUUUCAGCCUCAAUUUCACACUGAGAGAGAGCCUUGCCUUUAAACUAGGGCUCAUUACAACAUACUUGUACUCUUGCCCUGCUCUCUGGUCUCCCAGCAGGAACAGCUUUAUGAUCUUUACACACAUCAGAGAUCUCUUCUUAGAUGCUGGAUGAAGUGUGUCAUCACUGGUGCUUCUGAAAUAUAUAUUUUCGCUGAGUAAACUGAUGACAGCAGGUGAUGCCAGAUAUUUAGUCAAAAAGCUUCACUGCCACUGGUUUGUUAAAUCAAAUAUUUUACAACAUGCAAAAUGUUUAAUCACUGUUUUUCUUAUGUGUUUUAUCCUGUUAGUGCAAAGCCUGAAGUCUUGAUUAAAACAAUAACAAUUUCAUGUAAAUACUCUAACUUGAGUCUGUAAUAAUUCAAAAAGGCUGUAUUUUUACUGUCAUGUGAAUAUGUUCAUCUCAAAAAGACAAGAGCAGGUGAGUUGUAUUGUAAUAAGACACUCUUAUUUUUUUGUAUUUUCAUACUUUCUUUGUCAUCAAACAUUUCCAUGUAUUAAUUUAAUGUGAAUCAUGAUAGCGAUUACAUUUAAUUUUUUCAGGGGAGGUCUCCUUGACGUUCAUUAUAGACAUAGUGUUGACAUUCAACAUCCAUAUACAAACACUGCCUUAAUGUUCAAUACUUGAAUUAAACUGUUUUUAGUGA